CCCAACGGCCUGCAGACGCGGCUGCAGCUCGGCGGCUAAUGUUGCACAACAUGCAGCAAAACACUUGCCCCCUCAAUCCUGGCUCGAAAUGACCUUCAUACUUACGAGAUCUGUGCGCCGUGAGAUCUCGGGCAAGCGCACUGCUGGUCAAGUGUGACAAUGUCCGGACUUGAGGUGGCUGGCCUCGUCCUGGGGGCCAUCCCGUUACUGUUGAUGACAGCGCGAGGCAUCAACGACGAGCUGGGCAGAAUGCAUGACUGGUGGGACUUUGAAGCGACAUUUGACAAUCUUCUUUUCGUCAUUGAGGCGCAGAAGUCACUCUAUCGCCAGAAUUUGCGGCUUCUCGUCGAACCGUUGAGUCUCCCAGAAGCGGAGAUUGAAGCCCUGCUCGAAGGAACAAGCCUCGAAGUAUGGAACCAGGCAAAUGUUCAGAGUAGUCUGCGGGCACGGUUUGAUGAAGAGGACUACACAUUUAUGACGCGGAGAUUGAGAGCGAUGCAUCAGUCGGUCGUCGCAUUACAGGCUCUGUUGCCCCUGGACGAGCUGUACGGACCAAAUACCAUCAAGGCCGAGUUCAAACGUGCAGUUGUCAGCUUCACUUCGGAUGCAAAUAAGCGUAUUGCUCGCAUCGCAUCUAUCAAUCACGAGCUCAACACCUUCCUCAAAAAUGAACGACAGAUCGUAAAGUCGAGGCAACGCAAGAAGCUAUACUUCCCUUUGGAUCAGGUUCAAUCUCAUGCUGUACUAUAUCAUCAACGACUUCGUGAGUGCUGGAGCUGCUCCUGCCAGCCUACGCACAGCGUGGGCAUAACGUUACACCACGAGAAGAACGAGCGCUUCCCGAAUCGCAGCAGGAAUCAUGUCCAUACUAUCCUCGAACAUGAUACCGAUAAGGCGUACUUUGUGGUGAAGUCGGAUCCUUCUAGACAGGUUUCGACGCAAACUGUGGAACAAAGGGGCACACUCGGCGCCUGGGAUCUCGCGCUGAGGGAAAAGGCGCAGUACGGCACGACAAAGUACCCAGACGACCAAGAGCAUCCAUACACACAAAAUGGUCAGGCCAAAGACCCGGGAGCUGCGAUUGUGGCUACACAUCGCCCGGACAAGAGCCAUCAUUCGCUCAAAGUCAAGUUCAUCGAGGCCACUAAGACCAUGUGGCAGAGCACAACAAGCAGAUCAAGAUCAUCUCGUCGGAAGAAACAGGGCAACAGUCCGCAAGAAUUGAUCCUCGAGAAUAAGUCCAAUGAACUUGCAGCUGAAACGAUAUCAAAUGCGCCGCCACUGACAUUGGGAAGACCUACGAUCAACAGCAGCCCUCUGGCUGUCCAGAACCGAGUUCGCUUUGCAGAUGCUGAGGAGCAAAAGGACGACUGUGACGAGCACAUUGUGCAUGCUCCUAACGAAGUUGUGGUCAUCGAUGCCUGCAGCAUCAAGGGAACCCUCGGGCAAUAUAAGCCCGACCAAGUUCUUAUACACUUGGGUCAGCCAUCUGACAACAAGGUGAAUCUGAUGCCAAAAAUUCCACCGAAAACCUACCAAGACCGGACGCAGUCCAUUCACGAGUAUCUCCGACAAAUGGACGCUCGAUGUUUUCGCAUGGAGCUCGGCCUGCGUCUUACGCUCACACUACUGAGCUUCAUCACGACCCCCUGGCUAAUGGGGCGUCUCAGCCAACGCGAUCUCUUCGUACUAAUGCAACGGAAUCCCUAUGAUCUAGACGAGUGGUCUGGUCCGUAUAUAUCAUUCCAGCCAGGAGACUCACCGACCGACACUCAAACACCUGCACAACCUUGGCCAGUGAAACAGACAGUAUUGCUCUUGGGGGUGAUGCUUCUUGAGCUUUUCCACGGCCAGCCUAUUGAGAACACGCCCAUUUGGGCCAGCAAUACCGUUCAAGGCAAGCCGGUGGGUAGUACUUUGUUCUACAGUGCCAACCAGUGGCUGGCCAGCUCGGCGGGGGGCUUUACGACACACUUUGGGCCAGACAUUGGGAAAAGCAUCACGGAUGCCAUAUCCAAGUGCAUUCGAUUCAGGUUUGACAGCGAGAGUGCCGCUGACGAGGCCACCUUGGCUCAGGUGCUCUACCGCGAGAUCUUCACACCGAUGGAGGAGGGAGUGCCACGCAAUCGGCAUGAUGACUGAAUGCUCUGAUUGUUCUGUGGGAAGGCUCUCGUCUAGAAGCAGAAUACAAUCAACGUUGAGGCUAUUGAUAGCACUAUGUUCUUCACAUGCAGUGAGUCAAAGAAACGUGUUCACGGAGCUCGUCGUUCCUUUGAAGAAAUGUUGCUCGCAGAUGAUGGUGUAGAAGGAAGGUGCUCGAGCGGCUUUGGAGGCAUGCAGGCGUUGUAGAAUUGUACGUUCCUUACCUUGGCCCUGCUUGAAAAGUUGUUGGUAAGAACGGCCAUGCUGCCCUUCGUUCCUUCACAUUUGGGCAAGGUCGAACCUUUGGGUGCUGCAAUCGAUACGAGAUUCCUUCCGCCGUCUUCUGUUGCCUUGCGACUCCAAUUGCACUGUGCGUCCUUGGCUAUCACA